GAGAGGCAAAUGGAAAUCAGACUUUAUGUAACAUGCAGAAGACUUAGGAAGACGCUUGGAAGCUGUACUGAGGUUGACUGUCGAAACGGACGUGGGCGGGAAAAGACCAAGAGCCACCGCAGUAUUUCAUAAUUCAAAUCGGCAUGAACCAAAAAUAACAAUUCCACUUAAAACUUACAUUUGCUGGACUGUAUGACUGUGAGACAACUGCUCCAGUUAUUUUGUGAUUAUUUAUAACAACAAUCUGCUGCUGUUCGAGUGGCCGCUGUGAUCUUUCGUCUAAUAAUAGCAUCUGUUGUGCAUCAUCUUUUGAUAAUUCCGAUUAAAACCGCCACAGAAAAUUUGGUUCCAAAAAGAGGUUAUUAUACAAGGAAAUAUGAAGUUAUACAACCCUCCAGCUUUCACCAAGCGGGUCCUCACAUGGCUGCUUAACUCGGCAAACAGAAUGUGGGGGAAUGAGUUAAGUACCGAGAAGCGUGAGGAAUGGUUACCAUCGUUUGUUCUAGUACGGGCUAGUAGGAGGUGCCGUGUAAUUGUGUGUGUGUGUGUGCGUGUGUGUGUGAGAAAGUGAGAGAGAAAGAGAGUGUUUGUAUGCGAGUAUGAGAAGCCACACCUCCCGAUCCAGUUGUUAUCGCAGCAAUAAUGAUGUGCAUAUGAUGCUGCCUGCAUACCCGCCUGCCAGCAUAGCAUGCUGUCACCCUUGUGGAGGAUCUGCACGCUCUUGCGCUUUUGACACACAGUGGAAGCCACCCGCUGUCAGGACACGUAGUCUGCCUCAGCAACACAUGCGCAUUCACACAAACACGCUCUCACAGUCCUGGGAAAGGAUCGCAUCAAAAGAAGAUCCGUAGCAAGGGGAAGAAGAAGAAUUGGAAGAAUUUGAUAUUUCUUCUCUCUCUUCUCCACUGUGACUGAGUGCCGGUUGGAUUGUGGAUGCUGAACAAAUGCGACCACGCUGACGCCCCCCCACACACGCAUACAUCACUCCCCCGCAGCUACAAAUUGUUGGAUUUAUCCUCACUGCGCCGAGUGUGGGAGUCGCAGAUCGGACCAACAUGGGGAACCAAGCGGGAAGACAGGAGGAAACCAACACAGGUUGUCAAGCAACUAAGAAGUCUGGUAUCCCAGCCCCAAGAGAAAUCCCAUCUUCAAUAACAAGGGACCGCAUUUCCCUGCGGGACCAGUUGAGGAGCUCGUCCAGUAAGAGGAUUGUUUCCAGUGCCAGCACUUCAAGCCUCUCCACCCUGGCAAAGCAAACGCGUAGCUCAACAAAGUGUCGUGGAGAAGCAGAAGCCCAAGAAAGGGGCCUCCUGGAAUGUCAGGUUAAAGAGCUGCUGGCUGAAGUCAAGGCUAAAGAUUUGGAGAUCAGCAAUCUCCGCGUCGAGCUGCAACGCGGCAAAAAUAAAGCUUCCACUUCUUCCCCAUUGCCGUCGCCUGUCUCGCUAUCGCCUCAAGAUCUGUCUGCGGAACAAGAGGGAAAGCUCGCAGAGGCUCUUGUCCUGGUUCAGGAGCUCAAGGAAAAGAAUGCAAAGUUUCAGAGAGAGCUAGCAAACCUCCGAGAGGAGAACCAAGUGCUAAAGAGAAGGCUUCUCUCUUUUGAGACGUUACCAUUAUCCGGCAGCCCUCCUAAACCUCACAAUGGCCUACCGUCAGAUUCCAGCCCAAGUGCCAGUCUCAUUAAAACAUCCAUCUACUCCAGCUCCGUCAAAGACUCGCCUUCACCUGACUCGUCGGAGUUUGAGAAAAUCCCGCGUUCCGAAUCCGGUAGCAGCAAUGUCAGUAGUGAAGCCAUCGCUGGUGGGCAUCAUAUGUCUGUCCAGAGCCUAACGGAACAGAUACACAAGAUGGAGGAAAACCACCACAGCACUGCGGAAGAGCUGCAGGCCACUCUGCAGGAGCUCGCUGACCAGCAGCAAGUGGUGCAAGAGCUGACGACGGAGAAUGAGCGUCUGGCUGAGGAGAAGAGCCUCCUGCAGACCUCACUCCAGCAGCAGAGAGAACGUUUAGAGCUGCUCUCCCAGAAGAAUGAGGCGCUGGCUAGCCGUCUUCAGGAGCAGGCCCAGAGUGAGGACGAGUUCAGGAGCCAAGGUCCUCGACUUGUUGAACUCGAGCAAAGGUACGCCGAGCUGGUUGAGAGCUCCCGCUUUGAACGGGAGAAACUGGUGAACAUCCAGCAGCAGUUAACGAGCAGCCUGCGAGCUCUGGAGGAGGAACACCAGGAGGCGCAGGGCCAGGUGCACGGCCUGCGAGAAGAGAUGGACAGGCUACACGGCCAACUGAACCGCGAGCUGGAAGCCAGAGGCGAAGCCGCGCAGUCCGCGGAAGAGCAGAGAGCGGCGGCCGACUGUCUCCGAGUAGAAAAUAGUAGGCUGAAGGCGCAGGUGGACAUUGAGAGGCAAAAGGUGGGUGAGCUGAAGGCCAUGCAGAGCACCAGUGACAGUACCGAGCUACAGCGCCUACUCAAGACGGCCCACGCUGAGAGAGACCGACUGGAGCUGGAGCUGACACAGCUCAGGCAGGACCUGCUGCGGGCCCACGAUGAGACUGAGCACGUACAAGCUAGCAUGUCCAAGGUGGAGGCCAAAGGUCAGCAGGUCCAGGAGAGAGCGGAGAUGAGGGAGGAGGAGCUCACCAAGCGGUUGAGUGCCUUGGAGGAGGCGGGUAUCGUGGCUGAGAAACAAGUGAAGGACAUGAAGGAGACCAUCUUUGAACUGGAGGACCAGGUGGAGCAACAGCGGGCAAUCAACCUCCACACUAAUCAAACAGUCCUCGACUUGGAGAAUCUUGUUAAAAAGUUAGAGGAGCAGAAAUUUGAAGCGGAACGUCAACUGAAAAUUGUCAGCAGGCAGAUGAAGGAAGAAAAAGAUGAGUGGCAUCAGUUCCAGGCUGAUCUCCAGACAGCAGUGGUGGUUGCCAAUGACAUCAAGGUGGAGGCUCAACAGGAGCUGCGUACACUCCGAAGGCAGCUGCAGGAGGAGCAGGAUCGCAGUGCCAAGCUUUCUUUAGACCUGGAAGCCCUACAAGGUGUCAGGUCUCAAGGCGAUGAUGUAAGACAGUCCACUUGUGACGGUAGCCGUAAGUGGCACGGUGUGAGCACAAGCCCAACCGCUGACGCCAGCGGUAAUGCCAACAUGGAGCCAGGAGCUAAUGUCAAGUCUCUCAUGAAGUCACCUGAUGCUGGUGGACAGAACGGACCGGGCCUCACAGUUCAAAUCCACGGCUCAUCUAGAAGCCCUCUAAGUGGAAUCCCGAUGCGCACCGCACCGGCUGCUGCAGUCUCGCCAAUCCAGAGGCAGUCGUACAUAAAGCCCUUGUCAAAGUUGUUGGAAAAAAGAAUCAGUCAUGGAGACUUUGUUCAUCCUCACAGUAAAAUUUCAAGCUGUGGAAAAAACGCCAAACCGAACAUCCUGAUGAGGAAGAGUCCAUCCCUGGAGUCGAUAUUCAAAAGCCCUGCUUCUCUGAGAAGCCGCACAUCGUCUCUUAGCUGCAACCAGGCGAACAACAUGUUCAGUACGGACCCCUUGGCUGCACUCGCACGGGAGUAUGGGGGAUCUAAGAGGAAUGCUCUACUGAAGUGGUGCCAGAAGAAAACACAAGGCUAUCCGAAUAUUGAUGUGACCAACUUCAGCAGCAGUUGGAGUGAUGGCUUGGCUUUUUGUGCCCUCCUGCACACAUAUUUGCCCGCCCACAUCCCCUACCAGGAACUCAUCAGUCAAGAUAAGAUCCGGAAUCUGACUCUGGCUUUUCAGGCUGCCGAGAGCAUUGGCAUCAAACCUUCCCUGAACAUCGAGGAGCUGAUGAAGACUGACCGGCCCGACUGGCAGAGAGUCAUGCAGUACGUCUCUCAGAUCUACAAGUACUUUGAGACCUGACUGGCAUCUGCACUACAUUCGCCUUCCCGACGGACUUUCCUCGCCUCCUGUUUGGUGCUGGACACUUGGGCCCAUCCAUUUCAGAGCAGCUGCUUUCUACUGCAAAAUGUUCAACCGCAAUGUGGCCACUUCGCACAUUUCUACUGUUACAGGCGAAAAGUGGCAAAGUUGAAGACUUGGGGUGAAAGAAAAGUCCACUUUGGGUGAAACUUUCAGGUGAAUCUGAAAUGCACUUGAACUUUUGCAUUUCAAUGGCCCUUCUAAACUUUUGAAUGUGCAUGUCCAACUGUUUUGUGUUUUUUUUUUUUUAACGCUUCUUUCAACAGGUGCUGAAUUUCAAAUUUCACAGUGUUUGAUGAAACUGACAACAUCAAGGGCACAGUCACAACACAAAGGCUGCAGUGCAUCUCAGAUUCAUUAUGAUGUUUUUUUUUUUCCUCCCGAAAGCCAAACAAAGCAAACAUCUUUUAGUACCUUAAAAAAAAAAAAAAUUCAAAGUGUUCCGUGACUUUCAAAUGUUGUGCCAAAUGAUGCAUGUUCAAAGUUUAGGCUACGGUGCUUUCAAAGCGUCAUCCACUUGUGCUGGGUGUUAAAGAACAUGGAGCAGUGGAAAUUGACUACUUGUAUUUUCCAAGACGCACUGCCAUGUGUAACUUGGAAUCGUUACAAGAAUUAUUUUUCCAUCAAAGGGGCACUCUGCUUUGUAUACCAAACCUAUUGGGAGCCAUUCACAGCACCGAUGUUGUGGCUGGAUUUAAUAUCUGAACUCUGUAAUUGCACCCCGGUAAAUGUGGGACAUGACAAUUUACAUAUUUUCCUAUUCUUCUCAGAACAUAUUGUCGCUUUGGAAGUAAACCAUUUAUUUAUUCACGUGCAUCCUGAGGAGUCAACAUGUGCACAAUCAUGUGUGCAGUUAUUCAUUUUAAGAGCUGUUGCAUUAAUAAAGGAAUGUCAAUUUGUA